AUGGCAAACUUCCCGGGGAUGGCCUCAGUGCCUCUCCCCGCAGUUCAGAGCAGUAUCCCAUCAAAUGACUGGGAAACUGUUCUGGAUGCAUGGAUUACCCUCCUGGAGAUCAGAUUGAAUACACCAGACAACAAAUUUUCAGAUGCAGCCAGCGAUGACAUUUCCGGAGUAUCCUUCCUGAAUAGUUUCUAUCAGCAGGCUGCAGCAGGGUCCCCCGGUCUACAACAUGGUCCCAAAGGUCGAACCUUGAGAAAAUUAUGUUUUCUGGCUACAAGGCGAUACAUCCUUGGCCUUGAAAGUCCACCAGAGCUUCUCAUCAGCUGGCAAUUUCUCGGAAAUCUAUGUUGCUGCUAUCCGUCAAGCAGUGUAUUGAAGACAACUCUAUCAAUUACAUGGGAUCGGCAUGGAGAUAAGAUAUCAUCCAGCAUGGAGCAAGCAAAGGCCCUGAUCAUCAAGAAUCUUUCAUCAGGUGUAUCCCCUCAUGGAGCUAUUACUUUUGCGGAGCUUCGAUGCUUGACUAUCCUGGCUUCAGUCUUGCCACCAUGUGGCCAGAUCCUUAUGGCGGGAUCUGAUUAUCUCGACAUAAUGACAGAGACAUACCAGAAACAAUCAUCACGGGGUGAUACCCACAAGAUACUCACGGCCAACAUCUAUGUCGGCAUGGUAUCUUUACUCAAAGAGCCAUCGCCCAACUUAUCCCUACUCCUGGACCAACUCUUCAGCCUCAAAGCCAGCGCCGGCGUGGGAACCCCGAAAAUGAAGAAGGAAGCAACCCUUCUCUCAGAUCUCGUUUGCAGUUCAGAUUUACUCCAACGACUAGAGAACUUCCUCCUGGUCCAUCCCCAAAAACGGGGCCAAGACCUACUCACCAGCCUGCGCGCCUAUCAAACAGAGACCAAGUUUCUCCACAACCGAUAUCAAAGACGCAGAAAGACCGAAAAGGGCAAACAACCUUCUUCAGGCCCCCAAAUACCAGAAGAGAUCCACGCACACAAGAUGUCCCUAGUCUCACAAGUGCAAGAUCUAUUCCCAGACCUCGGCUCCGCCUUCGUCGUCCGACUCUUAGACGUCUACAACGACAACCCAGAGACAGUCGUCGCCCACCUCCUCGACGACUCACUCCCCACCGAACUCCAACUCCUCGACAAAACCGAACAACUUCCCCAACCACACUCCACAAACGAACAUCAAAACCAACACGACAACCUCGCACCACACCCAACCCCACCCCUGAGACCCCAUCCCAACCCGCAAAAACAUCUUCGACUCAGAUAUCGACAUAGCCUCCCUAGACAUCUCCGACAAAUCCAAGGGCAAAAUCCACUUCGGCCGCGCAGACCAAGACCAAACAGCCGACACCCCUUCGACUCAGACGAUGACGAGCGAGACGACACCUACGAUGUCGGAGACGUAGGCGGGACCAUCGACGCAGCGGCAACAAGUACCUCCGACGCCGACGCCGUAACAAAGCGCCUGGCAGAUGACCAGCUCGACAUGAUUCUCUACCGCGCCUACAAGGCCAACCCGGCUCUCUUCGGCCGUGACGCUGCAACCCGUCGUUCACAGCCUCGCGCCUCGCUGAAGCGCGAGACGAAUAUGACUGAUGAAGCCGUUGAGGGGUGGGCGGUGAUGUUGGCGCGGGAUCCGAAGCGGAUGGCUAGGUUUGCGGAUCGGGUCGCUGUUGAAGCGGGUGGUUCUGAUGGCGGGGCUUUGAAUCAACCUGAGCUUCAGUCGACCUCGUAUCGGAGACCGCAGGCUGGUAGUGAUGAUGAUUCUACGGAGGCGGAGGGGUCGGCGGGUCGAGGGAGAGGUGGAGGUCGGGGUGGUCGGGGAUUUGGCCGGGGGCGUGGUAGGGGUAGAGGUGGAAGUGGAGGAGCAGCGGCCGGAGGAGCAGGAGAUUCGAGUUCACCUGCGGCGCAUCAGAGGAAAGAGCAGAACAAGGCCAGUCGGGCGAAUCAUAAUCGGCGACAGCAGAGGGCGAAGAAGAUUGCCCGUGGGGGUGGUUUGCCUGGUUGA